AUGGCGCGAGGCGGGUACUCGUUGAGGGUCGACUCAUAUAUGUACAAUAGACGGCAAUCAGCCAGACACAACAACUUGAGAUGGCAUUGCACGUGGUAUCACAAAGGUUGUACCGCUGUAGUGGUCACAACUAAAGAUUAUAAAGUCGUGAAAUUCGUACAUGAACACUCACACGAACCGCCGCGGACGUAUACUGCUUGUGGGGUCACAUUUUAUUCUAGAUAA